AUGUAUAGAUCUGUCGAUGAGCGUUGGACUGACCUUGAGAUAACACCCGAUUCGUUUUUUGAAGGCAUAGUUUCGUUUAAAGGUAAGUUUUACGCGAUAGAUCGUCACACCGGGAAAACAACAGUGGCAGAACCAACUCUAGAAGUGAAUACGUUUCAACGGUCCAGACCUUGUGAUAAGACAAGAAAACGUUGGCUUGUAACGUCAAGGGACAAACUCCUUCUAGUAGAGAUGUGCACAAAGAACCGAUACGAUUUUCACAUACCAAACAUCCGUGAGAAGAAGAUAUGGUUCGAAAUAUCAGAGUUAGACGAGGAGAGAAACGAUUGGGACCAAGUGGAAGAUGUGGAUGGUCGCGUGUUGUUCUUGGAGCAUCAUUGCUCCUUCUCAUGCUUGGCUAGUGAGAUUCCGGGGUUUAGAGCUAAUUCUAUAAUCUUCCAUGGACAUUUGGGGAGGAUCUAA